CAACGCAUAUUUUUCUUACUUCGCUUGUGUCUUUUGGGUUCGCAUGUUUAUUUGACUCGCAUCCGAAAAAACCUCCACACAGCAAUACUGCUUGGCUUUCUUGUACUGUUAAACCAGAGCGAACGAGACGAGGAGAGGAGGCGGAGCACUGCAUUCACGUGCACUGUGUGUGCGGCACCGUUUAAAAGAAAGAGAGAGAGCGAGAACACGCAGCUGGUGUUUGCAGAGUCGUGCAGCUCGUCUCGGAGUAUUGAUUCCGCGGGACACGAGUAUUGGAAUCGUUUUAAAUUUUCAGUAUCGAUAUGUAUCGAAAUAUCGAUAAUUUUGACAACACUACCAGGCUGUUUAUUCCCUGCCACCACCCUUCAUUCCCUUACCCCUGGCCCAGUGGUUUGAGACAGUGCAUGCCAACAAUGUUGUCGGUCACAUUGAUGAACUCAAAGGUGUCAUCACUUCAACGUUUGGCAGAAUUCUGAAGCUCGAUUCCACUAAGAAGGUAAAUGUAAACCUAUAUAAGCUUGAGCUCAUUUGUUCUUUUAGGGUUUGAUAAAAAUACAUGUGCUCAUGAUGUAUAUACUUUUGUUAUAACAGGUGACCAAAAAGUCUGGGUAUUGAGAACAUGGCAACAUGGAUGUCCAAUGUUGGGAACGAAUGUGGUCAGGUCCUCAACUCUGUCCUCACAACUGGCGAGGGGGCUGGACUGGAUGACCUGUCCCAAGGGAUCGUCCAACGGUACAGGGAUGCUGAUGAGCCGCAGCCAGCCGCCAUCUAUGUGGAUAGAGACUGUUGCAGUGACAGAGGGGUGAGCCCAGUUCUCCAUUGGUUUUGGCCAUGGACGUCCACUGUGCGGUUGGAUGUGUUCCACUUUAUGGGGCGAUUCACCAAAGGUCUCACCACGGAACACCAUCCACUGUACGGUACGUUCUGCUCCAAAUUGUCGAGCUGCAUUUUUGAGUUGUAUUACCAGGACAUCUGUAAUCUGAAAGAGGCAAAGCGGUCAGAGCUGAGGCAAAAGCAUCAGGGCUAUGAGCCAACAGAUGCCCAGGUGUCAUCCAUGACAAAGCUGUAUGACAUUCAUUUGAUGUCCAAUGUGAAUGCGCUCAGCAACAAAGUCUUGGGAAAACCUCUUCUUCCAGAGUUUAUCCCCCCUGGGAAACCUACAGGAGAGCGAAUUGCUGUAGAAUAUCUUCUGGCACAGUCCAACAGAGGAGAUCUUCUGAGCCAGCAGACUGGUAAUGCUGACAUCUUGGAUGAAGACCUUGAGGACGAAUGUCCUGAUGUGACCGUACCACAGGCUCAUGACCUGACAUUGCAGGUAAUUUUAUGUCAACAGUAUAUCUGGGGUCUGUUCUUCAUAUGUGGAUUACUCAGUCAGCUGGAUUUGAUUGUUGGGGAUUUGUCUUGA